CGCAACUUUUGAUUAGGGUUUCGGCGAUUGAAGGUGGGAGAUGAUUUACGACGUGAAUUCGCCGCUUUUCCGGUCGUUCCUCAGCCAGAAGGGUGGCUCUUCUGACAAGAGAAAAACUGAGGAGCAGAAGCCCAAGGAUCAGAAGCCAAAGGCUAAUGAAAACAAGCCUGUUAUGACAGAGUAGCUUUCUCAUGAUGGUUAGCUCAUCUUCAACUUUUAUUGUAAUGUUAUCAAAUUGUUGUUCUGAUUCAAACCGUCGUGCCGAGUGCACUCAAAACGUCGCAUUUGCUGUUAUAUUGAAUCCAGAUAUAACUUGAUUUCAGUGAGGAUGUUAUUUCAAUGAAAUGAUUUCUUGCCCA